AUGCGGUACUCACUGGGUUCAGAUUACACCGGCCUGCCGCAGAACCUUCAGCCCGUGGUCAGAUCCCUCGUUUCUUCGUGCAGGAGUGCCCCUGAAACAGGGUGGGUGUCUGACGCUAAAAACUGCAAUAACACAGAAAAUGCUGCAGCUUAUGACGCACUUUUUGAACAUCUUGGCUUGGACAAGAAUGACAAUCAAAAGCGGCCCUUGUAUUAUGGGGAUGCUACCCGUGUUUUUGUGGAACUAUAUGUGACCUCAAUCAUAGAUGUGAAUGAAAAAGCCCAAAGCCUCACGAUACAGGUCAAAAUGAUAACUGCUUGGAUAAAUAUAAAUAUGGAUUGGAACAGCCAUGAAUUUUGUGGAAUGAAUACAUUUUCAGCCCGGAAAGACAUGGUUUGGACUCCAGACAUUGUUAUAGCAGAAAGCAUCAAGACAGAUUUUGGAACAAAGGAGUCUCCAUAUGUGCAGUUCUACAGUUAUGCCUUUACAGUCUUGUCGGACAUUUUAGUUCUGACUACAGCCUGUAAGAUGGACCUGCACAAGUUUCCAUUCGACAUCCACAGCUGCAAUCUGACGCUUCAAUCUUCAGCAUAUUCAAUUGAGGAGCUUAAAGUUCUAACAUUCGCAGAUUCAGAGUGGGUAACACACGAGUCGAAGCAGACCUUUCAGGCCCAGGGAGAGUGGGAGCUCCUCAGUAUAAAUAUGGUUAAGUCUAAUAUUUCUGUGGGAUAUGAAUGGGAUAUGAAGGAUCAGCUGAUAUAUCAGAUCACCAUAAAGAGGAGACCUCUGCUGUAUGUCAUCAACAUCAUACUUCCAGUAUUUUUCUUUCUUGUGUUGGAUGUGACGUCCUUCUUCAUAGACGCAAGUGGAACAGACAAGUUGAGCUUUAAAGUGACUUUACUGCUGUCUAUUUCUGUGAUGCUGCUGAUUCUAAAUGACACGCUGCCCUCUACAGCUGAUAAAAUCCCACUGAUUGGGAUUUACUGCAGUGUGAUUUUCAGUCUAAUUGGCAUCAGCAUUCUGGAGACCAUCCUUGUGAGUUUUCUGAUGGCCAGAGGAACAGAGAAGAGAUCAGCAGCAUCAAUAGAAACCACAACUGCUGAGUUAACAGCUGCGCAGCAGGAGGACCCGACGUUGUCCCAGUUAUUUAGCGCUGUUUUGUCUCCAGAUGAGGCGCAAAUUGCAGCAUUCGGGUAUUUUCUACACGAUGGGAUGCUGUUACGGAAAUGGAUGUCCCAGAGUGAGGUCCGUGAGGCUCAUGAGACCGCUGACCUCCUUGUCCAGCAUGAUUUCCAGCUUCAUGGCAUCCCUCUAGAUAUUGUCUCAGACCGUGGGCCCCAAUUUACAUCUCCGGUUUGGAAAGCCUUCUGCCAUGUGCUUGGUGCUACUGUAAGUUUGUCUUCUGGUUUUCAUCCUCAGUCUAAUGGGCAAGCAGAGCAGGCUAACCAGGAGUUGGAAGCGGCAUUACGCUCAGCUACUGGUAUGUCUCCAUUUGAGUGUUCUUUGGGAUAUUUGCCUCAUUUGUUUCCAGUACAGGAGAAUGACAUUGCUGUUCCAUCAGUUCAAGUCCACAUCCAUCGCUGUCGUAAGAUCUGGAGGGAAGCCCGGUCUGCCCUGCUCCAUUCAGCUAAUCGUAAUCGCCACCUUGCUGACCGUCGUCGAAUCCCUGCACCCAUUUAUCAACCAGUGAGACGAUUGUUGGAUGUCCGUCGUCGGGGACGAGUUCUGCAAUACCUGGUGGAUUGGGAGGGAUAUGGACCUGAGGAGCGGACUUGGGUGCCCCGCUCCUUCAUCUUGGAUCCCUCUCUUAUUAGGGACUUCCAUCAAGCCCAUCCUAACAAGCCUGGCAGGUCGCCUGGAGGCUCCCAUUGA